GAAGUCGGAAAAGAAAGCAGAAACUGAGGGGGCAGGAUCAUUUAAAAAUACCUGCUACCCUAUAAUAACGGGACCACAGACAGCAGCCCUACGGGACAGUGCUGUGGAGACACAAAAUGCAGCACAGAGGAGAAACCACGCUCAAUCACGCCGUUGCACUGGAGUAAUUAAAAAGCGCGGUGGGAGACAUCUGCCUAGUAUUUCCGAUACAACAUAGGAUAGGAUGAGGGUUGAAUGCGUGGAGACAGACUCUAAAGCAAAGAAGCUACGUUGAUGCACUUGGGACAUAAUGUGUGCUAUAGGUUGUUGAUCUUCAGUGCACUGAGAAGGCAGCAAAGCAGGUGCUUCAGAUCUCUGAAGCGUUUUUCUCUGAAGGGAGUUCAUUUAGCAGGACGUUGAUGGUCUUUCAGCGCCGCAGACGGCGAGUGUGGGACAUAUUUGGCGGAAAGUGCGCAUAUCAAAUUUAAUUGUCAAUUAUUCUUAAACAGUAUUUAAUAUGGCAUCUACAAUUGAACGGAAAACACUGGAAACGAACGAGGAACCCGUGGACGAGGUGCUUCAGAUGCCGCCGUCGCUGCUGACCUGUGGCGGAUGUCAGCAGAGCAUCGGGGACCGCUUCUUCCUCAAGGCCAUAGAGCAGUACUGGCACGAGGACUGCCUGAGCUGUGACCUCUGCGGCUGCCGCUUAGGCGAGGUGGGCCGCAGGCUUUACUACAAACUUGGCAGGAAGCUGUGCAGGAGAGACUACCUCAGACUGUUUGGUCAGGAUGGGCUCUGCGCUUCCUGUGAAAAGAGAAUCCGGGCCUUUGAAAUGACCAUGCGUGUCCGUGACAAAGUCUAUCACCUCGAAUGCUUCAAAUGCGCUGCCUGUCAGAAACACUUCUGCGUUGGCGAUCGCUACUUGCUCAUCAAUUCGGACAUUGUGUGUGAGCAGGACAUUUUUGAGUGGACCAAAAUGAAUGGCAGCAUGGUAUAGUGUUCUGCUGAAGUCCGAAGCAUUUGCAAUAAUCCCUUUACUAAAAAAAGAAUAAUGACCUUUCUGGCUCAAGAAGCCAUGCCAUGGACGUGUCAUAAAUUUCCAUCUCAUAUAUUUGAGAAACAUUGUCACCAGCAACAUACACGUGGUUUUCUAUUGGUAUAUUUUUAAUAACGUCGUAAAUACAGUAUGUAAUGUAUUGCAAUAAAAGCAGAUUCCCUUUGCUACUCUCACAGAACGUUAGAUUCAGACUAUAGUGUUGAUAGUUUUGAAGUAACACACUUGCCAUAAAAUGUGAAAACAACUUUCUUUGAGCCUGAAUAAAGAAAAUGAUUGCCCUCAAGCAAACAGAUGCAGAA